GCGGGGAGCGGCGGCGCGCGGCAGGUCCCGUCCGCGGCCGGAGCAGAUGGCGGCCGCGCUCCUCUUCUGCCUGCUCCUGCUGCCCUGCCUCGCCGGCGCCUUCAACCUGGACGCCGACAACGUGAUCAGCCGGCGCGGCGAGCCGGGCAGCCUCUUCGGCUUCUCCCUGGCCAUGCACCGGCAGCUGCAGCCGCAGGAGAGGAGGCUAUUGCUGGUUGGAGCCCCUCGAGAAAAAGCCCUUCCAUCCCAACAAGCUAACAGGACAGGAGGGCUGUACAGCUGUGACAUUACAUCUUCAAGUACACGCUGCACACGUGUCAUAUUUGAUGAGGACACUGAUCCAAAGAUGGAGAGUAAAGAAGACCAAUGGAUGGGUGUAACUGUCCAAAGUCAGGGGCCAGGAGGAAAUGUGGUGACGUGUGCACAUCGCUAUGAGAAGAGACAGUAUGUAAACACAGUGCAGGAAACCCGGGAUAUCAUUGGAAGGUGCUAUGUGCUGAGCCAGGAUCUCACCAUAAAGGAUGAUAUGGAUAAUGGAGUAUGGAGUUUUUGUGAUGGUCGUUUAAGAGGCCAUGAGAAGUUUGGUUCCUGUCAGCAAGGCGUUGCUGCUACUUUUACUAAAGACUAUCAUUAUAUUGUAUUUGGUGCCCCAGGCACUUACAAUUGGAAAGGGGUGGUUCGUGCAGAGCAAAAGAAUCAGACAUUUUAUGAUCUGGGUAUCUUUGAUGAUGGGCCUUAUGAAGUUGGUGAUGAGAGCCGCCAAGAUAAGAAUCUAGUUCCUGUUCCAGCUAACAGUUACUUAGGUUUUUCUUUGGACUCUGGUAAAGGAAUUGUUUCCCAAGAUGAGAUGACUUUUGUGUCUGGUGCACCAAGAGCCAACCAUAGUGGAGCAGUUGUUCUACUGAAGAAAGAGAAAAAUCAGAGAGCACUUUCACUUGAGCACAUGUUUGAAGGAGAAGGGCUGGCCUCUUCUUUUGGUUAUGAUGUUGCUGUUGUGGACCUCAACAACGAUGGGUGGCAAGACAUUGUCGUUGGAGCCCCGCAAUAUUUUGACAGAAGUGGAGAUAUUGGUGGUGCUGUGUACAUCUACAUUAACCAGCAAGGCAAAUGGGAAAGGGUAAAACCUAUUCGUUUGAAUGGAACCACUGACUCAAUGUUUGGUGUUGCAGUUGAAAACAUUGGGGACAUUAAUCAGGAUGGAUUUCCAGAUAUUGCAGUAGGGGCUCCAUAUGAUGGUUUCGGCAAAGUGUACAUUUAUCAUGGGUCCAAGAAUGGAAUAAAUACAAAACCAGCACAGAUUCUUCAUGGUGAAAAAACAGGCACCAAUUUCUUUGGUUAUUCUAUUGCUGGAAACAUGGACCUGGAUAAAAAUUCCUACCCUGAUAUUGCUGUUGGUUCUCUUUCAGAUUCUGUAUCUGUGUUCAGAUCUCGGCCUGUUGUAAGCAUUAGGAAAAGCAUUACAGUACAUCCUGACAGAAUUGAUUUAAAGAAAAAGAGCUCUGAGGAACCUAAUGAAAUACAGAUGGAUGUGAAAGCAUGUUUUCAAUAUACUGCAAACCCUAGGGAUUUAAAUCCAAGAAUAAAGGUCAGCUAUACAUUUGAAGCAGAAAAUGAGAGAAGGCAAUUAGGUUUGCCAUCUAGAGUACGAUUUAAAGACCAUCUGUCUGAUCAGUUUACUGCAACUACCGUCUUAAGGGGACAGAAUUCAAAAGAGUGUGUGUCAACCAAGCUUGUGCUACAGGAAAAAAUUAAAGAUAAGCUACGCCCAAUUCCUGUAUCAGUUAGUGUGAAAAUUGCUGGCCUGGAGUCUAGCUCGCCAUCCGUAAGAAAAGAAAGAGCACUUCCGGAUCUUAUACCAAUUCUAAAUUCAGAUGAAUCUGAAACAAAGACCACAAAAGUGGAGUUCUUAAAAGAAGGAUGUGGAGAAGACAACGAAUGUCACAGCAAUCUAAAACUUCAGUACCGAUUUUGUACUAGAGAAGGAAAUGAAGAUAGAUUUACCUAUUUACCAAUUGAAAAUGACGUGCCAGUGCUUAUUCUGAAAGAUCAGAAAGAUAUUGCUCUGGAAAUAACAGUGACAAACAAUCCAUCUGAUGCAAAAAAUCCACAGAAAGAUGGUGAAGAUGCAUAUGAAGCUAAACUAAUUGCAACUUUUCCAGAUAGUCUGACUUACUCUGCAUUUAGGGAGAUGAGGGGUUAUCCUGAAAAACAGCUAACCUGUGGUGCUAACCAAAACGGCUCUCAAGCAGAGUGUGAACUUGGAAAUCCUUUCAAGAGAAAUUCCAAUGUAACUUUUUAUCUGAUCUUAAGUACCACUAAGGUUAACGUUGAUACCACAGACUUGGACAUUAAUCUGAAGUUGGAAACAACAAGCACUCAAGUUAAUUCGACUCCAAUUACUGCUAGUGCUAAAGUGGUUAUUGAACUGCUUUUAUCGCUCACUGGAGUUGCCAAACCUUCUCAGGUGUACUUCGGAGGUAACAUUGUUGGUGAGAGUGCUAUGAAAUCUGAAGAUAAUAUUGGAAACCUCAUAGAGUAUGAAUUCAGAGUAACUAACUUGGGCAGGCCACUUAAAACAUUUGGCACAGCUUCCCUGGACAUCCAGUGGCCAAAAGAAAUUAGUAACGGCAAAUGGCUGCUUUAUUUGAUGAAAGUAGAUUCCAAAGGCUUGGAAAAAGUCUCCUGUCAACCCCAGAGUGAAAUCAAUUAUUUGCAUGUUACGGAAUCCCAUAACUCAAGGAGGAAACGUGAGGUUGCAGAGAAGCAGAUUAUAGACAGCAAAACAUUUUCUUUAUUCUCAGAAAGAAAAUACAAGACUUUGGACUGCAAUGUGAAUGCACGUUGUGUGGAUAUAAAAUGUCCCUUGAAUGGUUUGGACAGCAAGGCAUCUAUUGUGCUGCGUUCCAGACUGUGGAACAGUACUUUCUUAGAAGAAUACUCCAAAAUGAACUAUCUAGACAUUCUCGUUAGGGCUUCGAUCAGCGUUCCUGCUGCAGCUAAGAAUGUUAAACUCACAAAUGAAGUUGCUCAGGUGCGUGUUACUGUCUUUCCUGCAAAAAUGGUAGCACUUUAUACAGGGGUGCCUUGGUGGAUCAUCUUAGUGGCAAUUCUUGCUGGAAUACUGAUGCUUGCACUGUUGGUAUUCUUACUAUGGAAGUGUGGGUUCUUCCAGCGUUCUAGGUACGAUGACAGUGUCCCCCGAUAUCAUGCUGUAAGAAUUCGAAAAGAAGAGCGACAGAUCAAAGAUGGGAAAUGCAAAGAUCUAGAGACAAAACAGUGGAUCACAAAAUGGAAUGAGAAUGAAAGUUACUCUUAAGGAAAAGGUUUUUUUCCCUCCACAAAGUUCAGCUAGUUAUUUUCAUUAAUGGAAUACUGAUGGAGUUGGACCUGUGUACACUAUGGACAUUCACUGUUUGAUUGUAGAUAUUACUACUUAUAUUGAGGCUUUUGUUUGCACAGUUAAAAUUGCUUCAACAGACUUCAUUUGCAUUAUUCAAUUUCCAGACUGCCUCUUUUUCACUUCAGAUCUUAACUCGAGCUGUAGAAGAUGCUGUAUUGAUUUGAGUCUUUUCUGCAAUGUGCACAUCUGUCACAUGGCAGACUUUUUCCUAUGCUCUAGCAUUCCGGGUGUGCAGGGAAUGCACGGUUAAGGUCUCCACUCUUCCCGCAAUGCACACAGUAGCCUUGACACACUUUGUUCAAGUGAAAUCUGAAGAGCUGCAAACCUACUUUAGUCAUAAGCUUUGCCUGCUACAGUAGUUAGGGCUUAACAAAAAGCAUCAUCUUAAAUUACAUGUGCAAUAGGUCAUGUUGCUCAAUUUUUAAGAUCAGAUUGUGUGAAUCUUGCUCACACCAAAUAUACACAGGUUUUUUUUAAAAGAGAGGCUUGAAUAUUAGAUGUACUUUUUGUAUAUAUAUUUUAGUCAUUUUUGUAUUUAUUUUUGUUAUAAAUCAUUGUCUUUGACUAAACAUUAGGCCAAAGACUUAACUGAACCUUCAAACCCACUGUGCUUAUGAACUUUGGAUUAUAAGACCUGAGGCUUUCACAGCAUUUUAAUAAAUCACUACAGGUGCCACUGCUUUCUAAAAAUGUAAAUACUUAUUCCAGUGAUGUACGUGGGGGCUUUUUUUCCCGAUACUUAUUCUGUGUAAUAGGAAUUACCAGGUCUUGUAACAUGAUUUGUAUAUUACUUCAGAGUAUUUAACGAUUUGGAAACCAAGCAGAAGUAUGGUUUUAAGUACCGUUUUAUACUUGCUGCAAGAGAAGUGACAGGUUCUCUGGGAACAGCUUUACAGCUUCAUGAGGAUUUUCCAGUUGGAGAAAAGUGUUGACUACUGCGUCUGUUAUAUAGCACUUGAAGGAGGCUCUAAAGGCCUGACUUACCUUAGUUAAGGGAUCUGAGCUGAUCCUCCUUGAGACUACUGAAUUGUCUUGAAUACCUGAAUGUUGAUAAGAAUAGAGCCACAAGGUUGUGCUUAUCAGUAAUCUAAUUAUUGUAACAUAAGUGAUUUAAAUACAUAAAUAUUUAAAGAGUUUACUUUUUCUUACCCAUGUUCUAAAGUGUUGGUACUAUUUAAGAAUGAACAUUCAGCUCACGAUUGUUUAUUCCAUGUAAAACAAAAAUUCUACUCAAUGUAUGCUCGCUAAUUGCUUGUAAUUUGAACUAUGCAAAAACCUCUGUACUUUUUCCCUCCUGGGGUAAAAACCUGGUAAGAGAGCAUUUGUCAGGUGUCUUACUUGUAUUACUAACUUUGAACGUAUCUAUUAUGGAAGGUGCAUUCGUGUAAUAGACAUUCUUCCUACUGAAUAAUCUUGGUAUGUUGUGACCCUGAUUUUAUGAAAAUUUACACACACAUAAAGCUGUUACGCAGGUUUUGACCUUUUAAAAUUCUAGCGUACUUGCCGAAAGGCUCCUCUGUGUAAGAGGCCAGGCUAAUGAGGUGCUAAGAAGCUUGACAGACCACUGUAGCCUUUGCUUUAGAAGCAAUGUCUUCCCCACCCUGCCCCCUCAAUUGUGGCACUGCUGUACGAACACGAAUGUCUCAACAGUGUUAAACAGAAAGCUUUUGAAAAUAAGUCGUAUCACUGGUAUACUUUCAUUUUGAACAUUUAUCACUGGUAUACUUUUGUCUCAAACAAUUUUUAUACGAGCUAGCAAUGCUACUUCAUUCCAUGAUUAGAAAUUACCUGUGGAUAUUUGUAUAGAAGUGUGAAAUAAAUCUUUUUUAAAUUAAAACACUA